CCCGCCGCCGCAGCAGUGCAGCCGCCCCCGCCGGGGUGCGCGCCCGGGGCCGCUUCGCACCAUCGCCCGCUCGCUGCCCUCCGCGCCCGGCGGCCACCAGCAGAGGAAGGAGAUGCAGCUGCAACCUUGAGCGUGUGCUGCUGAAACCGCCCUUGACCCACCUGCACCAAGCCCAGCACCAACCAUGAGCGGCUUCUUCUCGCGCCUGGACCCCCGGCGGGUGCCAUGGGGGGCAGCAGGCUAUGCCCUGCGCACCCGCGUCCUGCGCACCAAGCCUGUGGAGUCGAUGCUGGAGGGCACAGGGACGGCCACCACCCAGGGUGCCAGGCUGGCCAAGGUCCUCACCACUCUCGACCUCAUCUCCCUUGGCGUUGGGAGCUGUGUGGGCACCGGCAUGUAUGUAGUGUCUGGCUUGGUGGCCAAGGAGAUGGCAGGACCUGGGGUCAUCGUUUCCUUUAUCAUCGCUGCUGUUGCCUCCAUCUUGUCAGGCGUUUGCUAUGCUGAGUUUGGGGUGAGGGUCCCCAAGACCACAGGCUCUGCCUACACCUACAGCUACGUGACAGUGGGGGAGUUCGUGGCGUUCUUCAUCGGCUGGAACCUCAUCCUGGAGUACCUGAUCGGCACGGCGGCGGGCGCCAGCGCCCUCAGCAGCAUGUUCGACUCGCUGGCCAACCACACCAUCAGCCGCUGGAUGAUCAGCAGCGUGGGGACGCUGAACGGGCUGGGGAAAGGAGAGGAGUCAUACCCUGACCUUCUCGCUCUGGUCAUCGCUGUCAUCGUCACCAUCAUCGUGGCCAUGGGGGUGAAGAACUCGGUGGGGCUGAACAACGUCCUCAACGUCAUUAACCUGGUGGUCUGGAUCUUCAUCAUGAUUGCUGGGCUCUUCUAUAUCAAAGGUGACAACUGGGCUGAAGGACAGUUCCUGCCAUUCGGAUGGCCGGGGGUGCUCAAAGGGGCUGCAACGUGUUUCUAUGCCUUCAUCGGCUUCGACAUCAUUGCUACCACUGGAGAAGAAGCAAAGAACCCCAACACCUCUAUCCCCUAUGCCAUCACGGCCUCGCUCGUCACCUGCUUGACAGCAUACGUGUCUGUGAGCAUCAUCCUCACACUGAUGGUGCCCUACGAUGCCAUUGACACCGAGUCCCCGCUGAUGGAAAUGUUUGUGGUCCAUGGCUUCUACGCAGCCAAGUUCAUUGUCGCCAUCGGGUCUGUGGCUGGCCUGACUGUCAGCUUGCUGGGCUCCCUCUUCCCAAUGCCAAGAGUCAUUUAUGCCAUGGCUGGUGACGGGCUGCUCUUCAGAUUCUUGUCCCAUGUCAGUUCUUACACAGAAACUCCAGUAGUGGCUUGCAUUGUCUCUGGAUUCCUGGCAGCACUGCUCUCCUUGCUGGUCAGCCUGAGGGACCUGAUAGAAAUGAUGUCCAUCGGCACGCUGCUCGCCUACACCUUAGUCUCUGUCUGUGUCCUGCUGCUCCGGUACCAGCCUGAGAGCGACAUCGAUGGCUUCGUCAAGUUCCUCUCCGAGGAGCACACCAAGAAGAAGGAGGGCAUCCUGGCUGACUGUGAGAAGGAAGCUUGCUCUCCAGGGAGUGAAGGAGAGGAGUUUGCUGGCCCACCAACCAACACAUGUGGGGCAAAAAACCUGCCGUCCCUGGGGGAUAACGAGAUGCUAAUCGGCAAGUCUGAUAAGUCAGCCUACAACGUCAACCACCCCAACUACGGCACGGUCGACAUGACCUCGGGGAUAGAGGCAGAUGAGUCUGAGAACAUUUACCUCAUCAAGCUGAAAAAACUGAUUGGCCCUCGCUACUACACCAUGAGGAUCCACCUGGGACUGCCAGGGAAAAUGGACCGUCCCACAGCGGCCACCGGCCACACGGUCACCACCUGCGUGCUCCUCCUUUUCGUCCUGAUGUUCAUCUUCUGCUCCUUCAUCAUUUUUGGGUCAGACUACAUCUACGAGCAGAGCUGGUGGGCUGUCCUCCUUGUCGUGCUGAUGGUCCUGCUCAUCGCCGUGCUGGUGUUCGUGAUCCUGCAGCAGCCAGAAAACCCCAAGAAGCUGCCCUACAUGGCACCCUGCUUGCCCUUCGUCCCUGCCUUUGCCAUGCUGGUGAACAUCUAUCUCAUGCUGAAGCUCUCCACGGUCACCUGGAUCCGAUUUGCUGUCUGGUGUUUUGUGGGUCUGCUCAUCUACUUUGGCUAUGGGAUGUGGAACAGCACCCUGGAGAUCAGCGCCCGCGAGGAGGCCCUGCACCAGAGCACCUACCAGCGCUACGAUGUGGACGUCGACCCCUUCUCCGUGGAUGAUGGCUUCUCCUAUGCCACUGAGGGCGAGGACUACCCAGGCUGGGGUCCCUCCGAGGACAAGGGCUUCUCGUACCAGCAAAUGGCAGGAGCAAAGGAAAGCCAUCGGACGAGUAGCAGAUCGAAAAGCAAAGGCAGGCACAAACCGCCGUCGGAGGCCCUCAUCGCCAACGACGAGUUGGACUACUCGCCCGAGUAGUGAGGUGGGCAGUGGGGCACCGCACCACCCAGUCAAUGAGGAAGGGUCCCCAUGGCUCCUCUGUCCUGUCCCAUCCUCCCCCAGGCCCUUCACCAUCACCCUGCUCACCUCUGGUCCUCGGGACACACUCUGUGAUUGCCGUUGACCCCGAACCAAACACACUCCUGGCCCACCCCGGCUCCACUGGUUGGGUCUUGCUUUGGUGAAUGCCAGCUGAUCCCACGGCACUGGCUGAUCUCCUGGCACCAGCCACAUCAGUGGAGGUGCUGAAGUGGGAGAUGUGCCAAACCGGGAGGGUGUUGAGAGGUAGAAAGCACUGCAUGAGGGGAGAAGACAAGCUGUCCCCAGGCAAUGUCCAUCUGCUGGCUGAGUGGUGGGACGACACUCUUACAUCUUGGGCACUUCCUCAGCAUGUGUCAUUUCUCCUUUGGACCACCCAGAGGUAGCAGCUGAGGCACAGGGACAGGUGGGUAGGUAGGUACCUGUGGAGAUGGACAAACUCCUUUCAAGUGAGUAGCUCAGAGGUGGAUCCAGGGAUGUUGGUCCCAUCACGCAGUGUUCCCACGGCUCAUUCUGGUGCAAAGGCAUUCAGUGUGCACGGCAGUGCUACCCUCAUGUCCAUCCUCACACCUCGGAUCCAAGCAUCCCAAGUACUGUGGUUCCAGAUUAAUCCACGUCUCACUCAAACCUUCAAGUCCCAGCACAGCCAAACAUCCCAAAUUUGCACCUGGGAGCAGAGUCCCCCUUCUGGUUACAACAAGGGCUGUGAUCUGCUCUUGGCUCAACCCACGUUGUGCAAAUGAUCAAUGAGGACCACACAUCACCAGUCCGAGCCUGGCUGCUGUUCCCACCAUGCUGUGUCUUUUACAAGUGACUCUGCUGUGAUUGCCUCACUGCAGUGGGCACCUUUCACCAGUCGCCCUGGCCUCGGUGCUUCAAGGGCACAUCUGUGUCCUGCAAAAUAGCAGCCUUCAUGGGUCAGCCAUGUCUUGGCAGGACUGGCCACGCAUGGCAAGUGGAGAGGAGUCUGCUGCUGAAAUCUUUCUUCCUGCUGCUGUCUCCACCUUGUGCCAUUUUCUCUUGUUUCUGACCCUGGCUUAGUGGAUGCUGUAAGAAGACAAACACUGAAAUGCUGCUUGUUCUGUAAGUGCCCAGGUUGCAAGGUGAAACCAAACAGGAUUGACCAGCACAUGGACAUUUCCCAUAGUUAGACCUUCCAUUGUGGCCUAAGCAUAGCCAUGGCCCCCAGCAGUGCCAUCAGGCUCCCCAGUGGCAGCAUGUCAGAGGACCAUCAGUGGUGACAAGGUUUGGCCACAUCUUCUCUGCUGCAGCAGAGAUUUGCAGCAGGUCCACUUCUGAAGCCCAUCACCAAGAUGCUGAGUUUAAAACAGUUCAACAGAGGAACGUCUUCCUGAAUAAAGAAUACCCAAGGAAGCAUCCCAUCAGACAGUGACACCACCCUCCUGAAUGCCAAAGGCUGCAGGUGGAUCCAUCCCCAGGGAAACAUUGGAGCAACCUAAACCAACCUCCACUACCAGGGGGCACUGCUGGCAUCCCAGGGGACAAUUAAACAUCAGUGAGGGCAUGAGGCAAGAUUUCCAAGAUGUGAUGCUGAGAGCCAUUAACACUUUGGUUCACUGGAUGAGGCUCAGACCCUGGGAAUAUAGCAUGGAGCCUGACUGGCAAAUGAGCUGCUGGGUACAGAGGGUCCCUGGACCCAUCCCCAGGGUUUCCAGGGCUCAAGGGCUCGACAGUGAGACUCUGCUCACAGCUGCAAAUGUUUCCCUGCACCUCCUGUCUCAAACAGUGACCAAGGGGUGAUAGAUGCCCCAUUCUUGGAACCAUUCCAGGUCAGAUUGAAUAGGCUCUGAGCAGCCUGUUCUCAUUGAAGGUGUCCCUGCUGACUGCAGGGGGGUUGAACUAGAUGACCUUUAAAGGUCCCUUCCAAUCCAAACAUCUCUAUCACUAUGAAACUACAGUCCUUUACCCAGUGGAAAGGAGCGCCCGAGAUCUUAACCUGGUGUGCCCCAGGCAAGCCAAGAGAAGUUUGGUCUCUGCAGGGGCUUCAGAACGGGAGCAAGGAUUUGGCAAAAGGACUCUAAGCUUUGCUCUGGCAUCCCCUCCCACUGCCCUCCUCACCAUGCUUCUACAAGCAGAAAUCCUGAGUGUGUUCCACUGGAAAUCUGUCUGCAGUGUGCACACAACUCACGGGCCAGCUCGGGAAACCUUUCUGGUGGUGCUGAGCAAAGGUCGCCUCUCACUUGCGCUUGGCUACUCUUGCUCUCAAUGCCUUAGAAGUACCCAAGAGAGAUGGCAUCUCACAGGUCUGGCUUUAUGUUUUCAGGGAGACAGAGUGAUGCUAUUUUCCUACCAGCUCUUGUACUAUCCCAUUUCCAAGGUAGUCGUCUUCGUCCUGCUUCUGCACGGUAUUUAGGCAUCUGCUGCACCACAAACUCGUGCCCAAGUACCCUGUUGAACUGAAGCUGUUACUCUUUCUGCAGCCUUAAUCUCUCGCUACAGAGCAGUUACCAGUAGCAGUGUCUUGUUGUCAUGUCUGCUCUAGUUGUGCUGUACAAUUUGGCAAGGGCUUGAUCCCUUGCUCUUUGGUGUCUGUAGGAACCUCUCCAUUGCAUCCACGCAUUGAGUGAAGCCCUUUGGCUGCUCUCAGUCCCAUUCUCCCAUCCUCUUUCCCCUUUCUGGGGAAGCACCAGGGCAGGACAAUUGAGUCAUGUCCCCAAGACCGUUGGCAAACAACAUUUGAUGUCAUGGCACCAUCAGAUGUGGAUGGGCUACUGUCAGCCCUCCCCAUGUUAGGGAGUGGGAGCUGUACCCUUCUUUCAAGCCCACCACAUCCAACUCGACAGAAGUGCGUAAGGAGAAGGCAGCCAAGCCAGAGUUUGGGACUCACCUGGGUUUGCUGGUGGCUGUGGCCAGUGUCCAGGGAGGCUGGUUUGCAGCAGGGUCCUCUUGCUUUGGUCUGAGGAGCAGUGUCUGUAGGAUAGCCUCCAUUUGGGAGCUCCUAAGCUUUCCCUUGGAGCAGACACUCAGGUCUUCAGUGGGCACAAGCAAUGCUGCAAUGGCUGAAACAUUCAUGUCCAAUGCCUCUGGGCACCACUGGGUGAGAACACUGGGAGGAGGUGAGGGUGCUUCUUCUGCUGUAACCACAAAACCCAGCCUUUCCCCCUGGGUGUCCUCAGGGAGGUUCUCACACUCCUGACCCAUGAGGAAGGACACAAACAGGGGGGCACCAUCCUGCUCCCACCACCGGUGAGCAGCACAUGGCCCCUCCAGCAGGCACACACCGGGAGGGGCACAAAGCAUGCUAUUGACAGAGCGUAAAUACCUCAGAUCUUCUAGACCAUCUCUGUAAGAUCUCAGUCCCUCCACAAAGUCACUCUGCACGGUUCCAACCACCCAGUGCUAAGCCCAGCACGCCAGCAUCCUCCACGCAGCAGAGAAGGCACCCCCUGAAGGACACAGGAUGUUGUAAAUCCAGCUUGUAAAUGGACUUCCCUUCAUUUCGUUUGGUCUUUCUGAUGUAUAUCUCGUGCUUUUUUGGCAGGUGGUACUUUCUGGUGUAACAAUUCUCUGCAGUUCUGGUAUGAAAAACAAACAAAAAAAAUUUGGUGUAUUUGUUUAAAAAAAAAAAAAAGGAAAAAAAAAAAAAAGUUUGUUCUGUUCAUUCCUUUUUGUGCUUUCCAAAAGCCCAUUGGUGCAUUGUGCAAUGGGAGCUUGUAGUGUGUCAUGAGAAAGAAAAGCAAAGAAACAACAACAACAACAAAAAAAACCAACUCAAAACACCACCCCCACCCCCAGAUAUCUUAUGGAGUGAUUUUUAUUUUCAAAUGAUGGUGGUGUUGUAAACUACACAUAUAAGAUACAUAUAUAUAUUAUCAAGAUACUAAGGGGGGGGGGGGGGGAUAAAUCUAAAUUUACCAAAACCUGUCUAUUUUAAUAAAUGCAUAAAGCUUUACUGUGUGCCUUUGCAUUGAAAAAGUGAACAGGAGCUGAUGGAUUUUUACAGAAAGCCAGAGAGAAAUGUGUCUCAGUAUCAGUUUCCAUAGUAAUGUAAAUCUUUGAAGUGAAAGACUAAACAGGGGGGAAAAAAGAAGAGGAAUAAAAGAAAUUUCCCAGAUCCAUUUUGUUAAGCCAAUCAGUACCUGAAGGGCUGAUUUCUUUUUUCAGUGCUAAAUUGAAGCUAGAGAUUAACAGAUCUUGCCUUAAGGGCUGCAAAAUGUCCUUUGUAGAAGAUCCAUUUCAGUGGGCUGACUUUAGUACUUAUUUGUUUUCCACAACAGUGCAAGUGAGAGAGAGAAAGAGAGAAAGAAGGGGAAAGGAAAAGAGAGAGAACAAAAGAAAGGGAAAGAAAAAGAGAAAGAGAGAAAGAAAGAGAAAGAAAAAGAGAGAGAAAGAGAAAAAAAGAGAAAGAGAAAAAAGAGAAAGAGAAAGAAAAAGAGAGCAAAAGAGAGA